AUGGAAUUCUUCGAGGAAUUCCCGCAGUCAUUCAAAUUCAAGGCGGAGCCAGUCUCCGAUGAGUCAUUGGCGACAACGACGAUAGUAAUUGAGAUUCCUCCUCCAUCUCUUCCAAAGCCGCUAGCGAUUCUACACGAGGCCCCCAACCCCGCUGUUUCUGUCGAAGACCUUCAACCAGGUGCACGACCGAGGUCUGGACACCAUAACCUCGUGGUGAGCUGA